GGCGGGACGGGGUGGGAUAACCCUUAUAAAGCUCAAGGCCUCCAGGAAUGCUUGUGUACCGCUGCCAUAGCUGCUGCCAUAGCUGCUGUCGUCACCGCUUCUUUUGUCUACAUAGAAACCAUGCCGCCCUACACCAUCGUCUACUUCCCCGUUCGAGGGCGCUGUGAGGCCAUGCGCAUGCUGCUGGCUGAUCAGGGCCAGAGCUGGAAGGAGGAGGUGGUGACCAAGGAGACUUGGCUGCAGGGCUCUCUCAAGGCGACCUGUCUGUACGGGCAGCUCCCCAAGUUCCAGGAUGGAGACUUCACCCUGUACCAGUCCAAUGCCAUCCUGCGCCACCUGGGCCGCUCUCUCGGGCUAUAUGGGAAGGACCAGCGGGAGGCUUCCCAGCUAGAUGUGGUGAAUGACGGCGUGGAGGAACUCCGCUGCAAAUACGUCACCCUCAUCUACACCAACUAUGAGGCGGGCAAGGAAGACUACAUAAAGGAGCUGCCCGGGUACCUGAAGCCUUUUGAGACUCUGCUGUCCCAGAACCAGGGAGGCCAGGCCUUCAUUGUGGGCAGCCAGAUCUCCUUCGCGGACUACAACCUGCUGGACUUGCUGCAGAAUCACCAGGUCCUGGCCCCCGGCUGCCUGGACUCCUUCCCGCUGCUCUCGGCCUACGUGGCUCGCCUCAGCGCCCGGCCCAAGCUCAAGGCCUUCCUGGCCUCCCCAGAACAUGUGAACCGCCCCAUCAAUGGUAAUGGGAAACAGUGAGGGCUUGUGGCACCCUCAGCAGGAAAUGGGCUGCCUGCCUUCCUGGCCCCAGGAUCAAUAAAAUUUCCACAAGGGAA